AUGAGGCUCAAUGUUACUAUAAGUCUUGUUUUUCUCACUUCGAUAACAUUGGCCUCGAUUCCUCCGGGGAUGGAGGACGCCUUAACAACAUCCAAUGUGCCCGCAGAAUACCUCGAGUAUGUAUUCCUUCUCGGGGGUUUCCCAAUCAUCCAGUCCAGAUCUGAUCCUCGAGUAUCCUAUGGAGUAUAUGUACCCAAGGAUCACUACAAUGAACUGUCAAAUUCAACCCAAGACAAGCUGCCACUUCUUGUCAAUAUCCACGGAACAAGCCGCCGUAUGACCGCUCUCCAGGUAGACGACCAGCUGCCCAAAUUUGCGGAUGAGAUAGGCUGUGCGGUUUUGGCACCACUCUUUCCAGCAGGAAUAGAGGGACCGAAUGAUAUAAGUUCAUUCAAGGUCCUUCACACGGACAGCCUUCGAUCUGACCUGGCACUCCUGAACAUCCUCGACGAGGUUGCAUACCGCUGGCCCGGCAUUGAUACCACGCGCAUCUAUCUGUCUGGGUUUUCAGGUGGAGGUCAAUUCGCCCAUAGAUUCCUUUAUCUUCACCCUUAUCGAAUUGCUGCGGCUAGCAUUGGAGCCCCGGGUCGAGUGACGUAUCCUGAUCAGAGCAAGCCCUGGCCUCAAGGAAUUUCGGAUGUGGGAGAGAUAUUCAAUACUACCGUCAGCAUGACAAACUUGAACGAGGUUUCUCUGCAAUUUGUCGUUGGCGAGAAAGACACCGAGAUCCACGGGAGCUCAAAGUUUUGGGAGUGGCUAGAGAAAGUGAUGGGCAGCGCGGACGAUCUACCUCCCAUGAACGAGUCCAGGCUUGACACGGUUAAGAAGCUGCGCGAUACGUGGACUGCAGCCGGGGUGGAUUCACUGCUAACAAUUGUCCCCGGAGUAGCUCAUGACUCCGAAGACCCGGCUAUGCGCAAGGCUUUGUGGGAAUUUCUAGGAGACCAGAUAAGAACUCGUCGAAGUGAAUCCCACAAUCUCUAA